AUGGCUUCUCUUUCUCACCAAGCCGUAACUGCCCUCAAAGAGAGGGUAGAUACAGCAUGCGCAGACCAGGAAAAGGGUAUCCCAGGUGCAGUGGUGGUAGUCGUUGGCAAGGAUGGCAAGGAGCAUUUUGCGCAUGCAAGUGGAAAGCGUGGGUAUGGCUCCGAAGAGCCGAUGACGCUCGACAGUAUCUUCUGGAUCGCAUCGUGCACGAAGAUGAUCACAGGAAUUGCGUGUAUGCAGCUUGUUGAACAGGGGGUGUUGAACUUGGAUGAUGCAGACCAGGUCGAGAAGAUAUGCCCCGAGCUGAAAGAGGUGAAGGUGUUGCAGGAUGAUGGGAGUUUAGUCGAGAAGCGUAGGGGAAUUACUUUGAGGAUGCUGUUGAACCAUACCGCUGGGUUUGGCUAUACAAUCUUUAAUGAGAAGUUGAGAGACUACAGUAAGCCGGUUGGGUAUGACGAGUUCUCAGGACACAUCUACGAUAUGUUGCAGCCGUUGGUUCAUCAGCCUGGGGAGAAGUGGGAAUAUGGGGUGAACAUUGACUGGGCAGGAGUCAUGGUCGAGCGAGUCACAGGGCAGUCAUUGAACGACUAUUUCCAUCGCAACAUCUUCGCUCCCUCGGGCUAUCCUCAAGGCCAGCUCUCCGGUCGAGACCACCUGCUUCGGCGGCCUCUGAUUGUGCGGACCACCGAGGACAUCAAGACCUGCUUUAACAGUGGUGGAGGUGGCUGUUUCGCUAAACCACAAGAGUAUUGCCAAAUCCUUGCUACACUCCUAAACGACGGCACCUCACCCACCAACGGCAUGCAAAUACUCGAGAAAGCGACAGUCGACGAGAUGUUCCGCAAUCAGAUCCCCAAUCUUCCCAACUUCGCGGGACAAGGAAUCUCACCUUCGAAGCCUGAUCUCACCAACGCAAUAUCCCAUCCGUACCCAUCGUCGACACCUCAAGGGUGGGGACUCACAUUCAUGCUGACAGGAGGAGCCACGGGACGGUCGGAGGGGACGGCCCACUGGGCAGGACUGGCAAAUCUCUGGUGGUGGUGCGAUAGGGAGAAUGGGGUCGCAGGGAUGAUCUGUACUCAACUCUUGCCCUUUGCCGAUCCUCAAGUUUGGAGCCUUUGGCUGGAUGAUUAG